CUGCGCCGUGACGAGCAGCCGGUCCUCGAUCGCGAACCUGGGCAGCAACGCAACCUAGAAUCUCUUCCCCGAACAUCAACACGACCGGCAGUCUUAUAGCGACUUGUAGUCGCGCCAGCAGGAGGGGUCGUCGCUGGCGCGAGGCAUGUCUAUAUCCGUCUACAUCGGACAUACUGGCCAGUGUCUGCGACUCGACCCCAGCGUCAACAGCACCCUCGAAGCUGUGCGGUCAUGGAUCGCGUCGCAGACCAGCAUCCAGACGCGCGCUCAGAUCUUGCUCACUGCCCAGGGCAAGCAGGUCCGCACGCAGACUCUGCUGACCGAGAAUGAGUUCUUCGUGUUCGACUCGAGCUGGCUGAAUGGGAAGAAGGCCAUCAGUCCCGCGAAGGAGUCCAUAGACAGCUUCGGGAACGACGACGACUUCAACCCAGGACCCGCCCCGGAUACCAUCACCAACACGAACGACUUGGCAUCAUGGCAGCACUUGUUUAAGAUCAGGAGAAUAUGGGCAGCAAGUCUGCUCGAAGGCUGCGGCUCGCAGUCGAAGCAGGCCCAGCGAUUACAGGAAAGCAAAGCCAUAAUCGAGCGCAGCUUGGGGGUGGCCGUAGCUAGUCUGCAGCAUCAUAUCAAAAACGCCGAGAAACAAUAUGCGAACGUAGAAUCAUGGGCUACCGAGCAGCUGCAAGAGCAGCAGACGCACACGGGCAGGUGGGAGCAGGACCUGGAAAGCCUACGCAGCAUACCCGCCAGACCCGAGUUCACACGCUUCGUGCAACCUAUGUCAUCUGUAACAGGCUCGCGACGAUACUCUCAGCAACACAUUGCGACUUUGCAAGGCUAUGUGGACAUCGUGACUGUCAAGCAGGCAGCCACGACGUCCAAGUCCACGGUCUCUGUUCUCAACAAGCAGCUAGACAGCAUACGGGAGGAGUUGGAUGCUGCUUCAGCCACCAGCGAUGAGCUUCUCCACGCCGUAGAUCGAAUCAACUCUCGUUCCACUCUUGACGACAGUACUUCAGACCCAGCUCAACUGCUCGAGGAGAUCGACAUGGUUGUCAGCAAGAUGGCCUCCGACCUCGAGCACGUCCAAUCCCUAGCCAAAACGCCGCAGUCGUGCGCACAGGCUUCCAAAAUGGCCCUCCUCCACACACGAAAUUACUUGCCGAACCUUAACGAUUAUUGCUUGGAGAUGAACGAGCUUGUGCAAAAAGCAAGGCGGGAAAGAGAUAGUGCCGCUGAGAUUGCACUGGAGCAUAUGCGGACACUUUCGGCAAUCGAGUCGCAGCUCGCAAAAAUAUACCAGGCUAUCAGAGAGGUUGACCUGCCUGAAGAAUAUCACCAGGCCCUCACGACGUUGAGCGUUGUAGGGCGACUGCCCUCGGUAUAUGGUCAUCUUCUGGUGGAGUCCGUCAGACGGCGAGAAUGGGUCGCGAAGAUGAAGCGAGACUCAGCCACAUUACAAGAAGAAGUGGCGCUGUACCAGGAAGAAGAGGAGAAGCGGCGAAAGAAAUGGAUGCGCAACGUCGAUGAUCUGGUUUCACCCGAUGCGCUGCAGAGCCGUGUACUGGGAAUAGAGCUCAACUUGCAGAAUGAAGGCGGCAGCUGGCCUAUGGUUACACGAGAAGAGCUGGCAGAAUAUCUGAAAGUACUGCUCGACGUGGUCGGGCCGGGUCCGGUCACAGAAGAAAUCGACCAGGCCAUUAAGGACCUUGACAAGCUCACUCGUAAGCAGAUCAAACACGCCAAAGCAUUCAAGAAUGGCAGCAUGCAUGAGGCUGCUUUUGGUGACACAUCACUCUUUCUUCGAGGCGACGAUUCGAACAAGGCACUCCAGAGCGCCAAUACGCGCCUUGAAGAAGAGCUCAAGGCACAGAAGAGUCGUGUGCGCAAGCUGGAAGACUUGCUGCAUCGAUCGACCCAGCUCAACACGAGAGUGACGACUGGCGAUAUCUUUACACCCACGAGCGAUGGCGCAAUGUCACAACGCGUGGCCACGCCAACAAUACCAGUCGGCACUCCUCAGCCAUCCGACGAUUUCUCUCGCCAUAGCUCUCUCAGUAAACGCCGACCCUCUUUUGCGCAAGCACAAAGUGCUGAAGAGAAACGAUUGGCCAAGCGGGUUGUUGACCUCGAGGCAGAACUGCAAGCACACAAGGAUGAAGCAGCGACGAGGAAGGACUCGGAUGCAGAAACUCAAAAGCAAGUCGAAGACGCUAUCACCACUAAGAAAGACCUGAUGGCGAACAUGGACGCACAGCAACGAGAAUUUGCGGUGGAGAGACGAAACCUCGAACGCGAGUUGACUGAAGCGAAAGAGAAACUGGAAGAGGCCGAAAACGAAGUCGAGAGGCUGCUAGGCUCUCGAGAUGGCGUGGAUGAGGAGAUCUCGAGACUCAAAGAAGACGCCGCUGGACAUGCCGCACGCGCAGCGACUGAGCACGAUGCCCGCAACAACCUUGAACGUAAAUUCGAGCAAGCUGAGACAGCCCGCAAGCAAGUCGAAGAAGAGCUCCAAAAGCUGCGGGCAGCUGAGGAGCAAAGGCGUGAAGCUGACGCCGAGCAUCUGCAGACUUUGGCAACGGCGCACGCUCAUCUUUCGCCUGACGCUGAAACGCCGACUGGCCUUCUCGGACUGGCGACGACUCUCGAGGACCUCGCGAGGAGAUCAGCAGCCCACGCGAAAGACCUUGAGGAAGCAAUUGCGUUUGCACGAAGCGAGAACCAGUCGCUCUUGGCAAAUAAUGAGCGCCAAAAGACGGAACUCGCAACGGCUGCCGAAAAGCAAGCCGAGAUUGAAGAGGAGAUACGCCAAACUCAAGAGAAGCUGUCAGCCGGAGAGGCGAAGGCUCAAUCACUCGAACAGCAAUUGGCUGAAGAGCAAGCACAGCUUCAGUCCUUACGCGAGAAGUUUGCGGAGGGCGAGACGGGAUCAGAAGUGCUCCGCCAGCGUGUCACAGAGGAAGGAGAGCGCGUUGCUAAGCUACGAACUGAGCUAGCAGAAGCGAAGUCUCUCAACAACAGUCUGGAUGUGGAGAUUUUGCGCAUGCAGAAAAAGCAGAAAGCCUACCAUGCUAGCGCAGAAGCGACAACCGAUCGCCUACAGAAGCGAGCUGAUCGUGCAAAGGAAGUGUCACAAAAGCUCUACUCCCAAAAUCUCCGACUUGUUCGCCUGCUCGAACGACUUGGGCUGGUAGUGACUUACGAGGGGAACAAGAUGGCCGUGGAGCGCGCUUCGAAGAUGGCUGCCAGCACCACAAUGAUCGAUCCUUCCAUGCAGAUGAGUCGUCAAGCCUCAAUGACCUCGCCACCACCCACUCGCAAAUCUUCUGGAGAGGAUGAUGAGCCGGCGAAUGACCUCAAAAUGCUUCACUGGCCGGAUGCUCAAACCGUGGACGAGGAGAGUGCUCAAUAUGAAGCGUUCCUAAGCAGCCUUUCCCGAUUCGAUCUUGACGUGUUCGCUGAUGCGGUCACGAAGCGUGUCAAGGACUUCGAAUACACGGCAAAGAAGUAUAGCAAGGAGGCUAAAGAGUCCACGAAGCGCGCCGAUGCGUACAAGGAGCGUGCACUCAAGCUGAGGACCGAAGCUCAUUCCAAGAUCGCGGUCCGAGAUUUCAAAGAAGGGGACCUCGCUCUGUUCUUGCCAACAAGGGGUGGUCAAGUCAAGGGCGCAUGGGCUGCGUUCAACAUUGGAUGCCCGCACUACUUCCUGGCGGAGCGCGAAGGCAUGCGUCUCGGCACGAGAGACUUCAUCGUGGCGCGUAUCCAGAAGGUAGAGCAGAAGAUUGUUGACUUGAGCAGCCAACGUGCCGCCGCGCAAAUCUCUGCCGAUGGUCGCAGCUUGGGUGAAGCCAGUGAUGCCGCUUCAUCCAUGCAGGUCGAAGAUGACAACCCCUUCGACCUUUCGGACGGUCUGACGUGGUGGAUGGUACAUGCCACUGAAGAGCGUGGUGCCGGUGCAGCGCCCACGACGCCAGGCCUUGGUAAGUCCACGGUCAGCACAGCAAAUGUCGACGCCAAAGGCAGCAUUCGCAUCAAGCGUAGCAGCAAGAGUGAUGAUGCGAGCAAGCACUUGAAUAAGAGUCUCGACUCUCGCCGCUCUAGCUCGACAUCGAAGAAGAAUGUCGCUGCUGGAUCAACAGCCGCUACCGGCAGUGCUUCAGCCACGCCCCAAGCGAACACGCCGCGACAGCGUACAGACAGCCAGGCUUCGUCCUUGAACAAUCCUAUGCUACCAACACAGCACCAGCAGCAACCUCGUCCUCUCCCCGCGCCAGCCGGAACAGGUUUGGGUAUCGGCAGCAACAAUCCUGAACCUCAGCCUCAUGAACAGAUCCGCAAGCUGUCCACCGCGACUGACAGCACCAGUCGACCUCUCUCACCACCUGAGAGUGGCACAAGAGCUGGGCCUACGAUCUCAGUACGUCGACCAUCGGCUUCACCGAGCAAAGCACCCCAACAGCAACAACAGCAUCCCCGCCCGGAACGUCCUGAAUCUCCUAGUAAGAGUGUCCGAUCAUUGCAACGACAUUUGGAGACUGCUGCUGGGCCAUCGACUACCCCAGUCAAACCUUCGCCGGCUAAGAAAUCCGGCUGGGAGAGUCUAUGGAGCGCAGAAUUUUCUGUGGAGAGCCCGAGUAAGGAAAAGAAGAAAUGGGAUUGGCAUUGAAAGACUUGGCGGCGAUUUACCCUAUCAUGAUGUGUCACUCUGCUGCAUACUAGGCCCUGGCACGCGAUGCAAGGACACGAAACUUUGCUCGAAACAACAGAUUACUGCAAUUACGGUGUACUCCUGAGGACCAGGAUAUGAGAAAGCUUUCUCUUUGGGAAGCCGGGGGGAAGCAGGAAACUUGUAUAUGCUUAUGCAGUCGACUGCUCAUAUGAGGUGGCACGAGAUAGGUCGGACAAGCCAACAGCAUUUCACUCGGCAGAAAUUGAUGAAGCGCAAUGUAGUACUUGGCGCAUGAAUGUAGCUUGAGACAGCAAAGAAGUACUAGGAGCAGGACCCAACGCUGUACAGCUAUUCAUGAAAGCACGCAUUACGAAACUGUGCAUGCAGCUUUGAUCCCUUUCGGUUCACUCACGUAUCGCAAAGAGCUCAAUUGACGAAAGCAAGC